ACGACGUUCUAUCAAGAAAUAAAACUUCAAGGAACUUUAUCGUCCUCAAAUUUUUAUCUUUCCAUGGUUGCUGGUUAUCCAACAUGGACAAUAACAGAAGAAAGGUGACAAAGCUUCAAAGAGUUCAAAGAAGUUUGUCCCCAACUGAAUGUGUUGGUAAAAGACAUGAAGCGCUCAUGCUGGGCAGAGUGUCACCGAAAGCAGAUGAGAUGAGCGACUCCCCAGGUCAUGCCGGCUUUGGCACACUGAGUCUCAACACCCCUCAGAAGAAAGCAGAGGCAACCCCUGAUGCCGUUGCCUCUCAAAGCAAAGCUGGGUUAAGGAAGCGCACCAGGAAGUACUUUGAAACAUUCACGCCCCAGAACACCUAUCAGCAGGAUUCUCCACAAAGUAGAGUAUUUUCUCCUCCUUCAAACGUUUUCAUCAAGAAAAAGGACAAGACAGCAGAGGAAGGCUUGAAGGCAGUUUACAAGACAGCAAUAUCUGCAGCUCUGGCCGGAAGGGGAUUGAUGAGCAAGCUUCCUAAAAUCAGCAGCCACUUGUCUCUGCCCUCUUCAACAAGCCCUGAUGCGAAGACUGAAGAACACAGCCAGGCUCGUGCUGUUGGCCAAAAAGAUGACGCAAUACCACAAGUGGGUAAAAGGGGCGUAAAAGAUUGUCUCUACUACCAAGGCGACGUAUUUGCAUCAGAGUCUGAACCUCAAAAUCAGGAUGUGAAAUCUUUGAUGCCUCCUCUUGAGUAUAUUCCAGAUUCCUUGUCUUACCACCGUGCGGCUCCUCGGGAUGACGACUCUGACGGCUGGAAUUGCCUGAGCCCGCCAAAGAAUUUCAGCUUUAAUGCUCCAUCUCCCAUGUCAUCCCCGGGUGAAUGCUGUGAUGACUUUAGUUGGAAUGAUUUUGAUUCAUACAAACAGCAAAAAUACAGAAGCCCUUGUUCUGCCGAAGUGGGUCGCAAAAUUCUAAUCCCCCAGACCGUUCAUUUCUCCGACCCUUUUGCUCUGCCUCUACAUACAGACAGUAGCCAAAGUACCUCAUCAGCCACACGCCGACAGUCAUACGCCGGCUCGUCCGUCCAUUCCCCCCGUUACACAUUUCAGCAUGAUGUCGUAUCUAAGCCGAGACUGUCCAUGGGUGAAGCUCCGCCCCCUUGGUCAAGUUACCCCCACAGCUCCGGUGGCUUCAUCGACACGCACUGCCAUCUUGACAUGCUCUACGCAAAACUGCGCUUCCGCGGCUCCUUCGGUCGUUUCCGACGUGACUACCGCAGCAGCUUUCCGACAGAGUUUCAAGGCUGCAUUACGGACUUCUGCAACCCACAGCUCAUGUACAAGGAAGCCCUAUGGGAGGGGCUUCUGUCUGAAGACAUGGUCUGGGGGGCUUUUGGGUGCCACCCACACUUUGCUCAUCAGUACUCCCGUGUCCAUGAACACAGCAUACUCAACGCCAUGAGGCAUCCAAAAGCCGUGGCGUUUGGCGAGAUGGGUUUAGACUACUCCCAUAAAAACUCCACACGUGUCGCAGAGCAAAAAGAGGUGUUUGAGCGGCAGCUGCGACUGGCUGUCACCAUGAACAAGCCUCUGCUGGUCCACUGCAGGAAUGCGGAUGAAGACCUGAUGGACAUCUUGAAAAAUUGCGUCCCCAGAGAUUACAAAAUUCACAGGCACUGUUUUACAGACAGCUACCGGGUGAUCGAACCCUUCCUGGAAGCGUUCCCCAACCUGUACGUGGGCUUCACAGCUGUGAUCACCUAUUCCAGUGCCAACGCAGCUCGAGAUGCUGCCCGCAAAGUCCCUCUCGACCGCAUUUUGCUGGAGACAGAUGCACCGUAUUUCUUGCCAAGACGGGUGAAGAAAAAUCUCUGCCAAUUUUCCCAUCCCGGACUGGGCAUCCACACACUGCAGGAACUGAGUCUGCUCAAGGGGGUAGACAUGCCCACCCUGCUCAAAACCAUCCGAAACAACACCACUCAGCUCUACGGCAUCUGAGUGCCGAAGGUCAAGGUGUUGAAUGUUAGAAAAGUCAGCUUUGCUGGAGCUGGUUUCUUUGUGGCUCCUCAUCGAUAAAUGUAUUGAAUAUUUACAUGUGCAGUGCAGUGUAAUUUAGUAGGUGAGAUUCUGAUAUUGUUCUGAUUUUAUUGGUUUAAUAUAUCUUAUGUAGUCUGUUUUUGGUGGUUUGAAAGCUUGGCAAAUAAAUGAAAUACAGUUCAA